AUGCUAUCCUGGAAGACCCUCUCUCUGCUUGUUGCGGCCGCUGUGGCCAUGAGCGGCGUCGCUGCCAUCGAGCAGGGCUACGGCGGCGGCGUGAACCUGCCGGCGUCCACCACCGCAACUCCCUCGUCGGACGAGUCCCCCGUGCAGUCGACGACCACCGGUUCGUCGGUGGACGCCUCGUCGGCCGUCGACCAGAGCAGCACCGACACGUCGUACCCGAGCAAGACCGACACGGCUCUGCCCAGCGGCAGCGGCAGUGGCAGCAACCCCACUCCCAGCCAAACCGACAUCACCGCCAGCAGUGCCGGAAGUGCCGUGGAAGGCUCAUCGGCCAUCGACCAAGGCAGCAACGCGACGCCCGACACCGCGUCGACUUCGGCGUCGGGCUCGGCUCCGUGUGACGACUCGUUCUCGCUUGCCGGCAGCUCCGCGACCGGCAGCGACGUGGCCGGCUCGUCGGCUCUGGACGAGAGCAGUGCUUCAGGCUCGGAGCCGUGCGAGGGAUCUCUGUCGCUUGCGGGCAGCUCCGACUCGAGCGCGAGCCAGCCGACGCAGGGCUCCGCCACCCAGGACCAGGGCAGUGACGCGACUACUCCUACCAGCGAGGCCGGCAGCGAGGCAACCACGCCAACGCAAGGCUCUACCACACAGGACGCGGGCAGCGAUGCCGCUACCCCAAGCACGAACGAGACCGGCAGCGAGGCUUCUACGCCGACGAGCGAGGCCGGGAGUGACGCC